AUGUUUGCUAUCAUCGAAAACGAGGAUAAACAUGUGAUCACUAUUGGAAAGGAUAUCAAGAUCAAAACGGUUUAUACUCGCCAUCAUAGGCGCGAAACCAUCAAAUAUCUCAACACCACCGACGUAAUGGAUGAUGAAUACUCGUUGUCACAUCAGAGCUCCGACUCUUCUUCGUUGUUCUCGUCGUCCUCCUCGUCUUUACCUCCCAUCUCCCCUACCAAAACCUCCGCUAUCAGAACAUCUGCCAGCAAUGAUUCUUCCUUCAAACCUCUUCUGAAAUACUUUGUCCAUUGCUUCAAAAUACUCGUCCUGACAUUUGUCUUCGACUGGACACAACUCGUUCGCCAUCCUGUGGCAUCAUUUGCAACUCUGACUAUGUACCCGACUGCAUGUUUGGUAAUGGCCGUUGUCGCCGUAGCUUUUUAUAUUGCUGAAAAAUACGGACUUAGACAGACAAAUAACAACCUAUCAAUAUGUAACUGGUUUUAUCCAGAGAUGUUUGAUAAAGACAAGAAGGCUCUUAUAGAUACUGCUAGCAGUUUUCUCGAAGACCCAAUAUCUCUCAAAUGUGAUGACACAUUAAAGAUAACAACUUACAGCGACUACAAGGACGAGCGCUUUUCCCGCCCAUCUUUCAACAUAGACGUUGCGAAAUGUUUGCUAGUUUUAUCUGCUCUCAUAUAUGAACGCAAGGACCCCAAAGAGAUCAACCGGACCGAUUAUCCUAUUCACUUCACUGAGUCGGCUCCUUACAACGAAUUCAUUAAGAAAACCGCCAAGAGUUGGAAUCUAAAAUUCAGAACACUAUCCGAACUAGGAUCAGAUGCCAGUCCGUUUUGUGGCGCGUUCUAUCAGCGUGAUAAAAACUUUAUCGUAGUUGUGUUUAAAGGAACGUCACCGAGUGACUUUUCCGAAUGGUUGAUUGACGCUACUUUUAUGCGCACUGAUGCCAGGACACAUUUGUUCGGUGAAGUGCAUGAAGGUUUUUACAAAGCUUUGUUUGGAGAUUCGUUCAAGGGACGCUCCAAGUCGAUCGAGGAUUAUUCGUACAGGACCAUAUUGGCCAAUCUGCACGAGAUUAUGAAGGAAAUUCGCGCUAACCGGACUUACGCUAAUAAUGGCACAAAAAGCGCUUCAAAUUCGGUGGCGGAAGAGAAGAUCAACGUUUGGGUUACUGGCCAUUCGCUAGGAAGCGCUCUUGCAACUUUGUUCUAUUCGAGAUUAAUGUGCAGUCCUGCAGAUUUACCAGAUGGGUGUAUUUUAAGAGAUGCCUACGUCUACGGAACACCAUGCAUUGGCAACAGUCAGUAUGCUGUUAAGUUUGCCUCUACCUGUAACACGCCUUCCUCUCGCUUCAAUACUCUCUGGCGCGUAAUCUGCGACCAAGACAUGGUCUGCCGGGUGCCUAUUGGAUUUGACGAACCCGAUCUACUUCGAUUCGCUAGCGAAAAUUAUCUUUUUAACUACACGCACGUUGGGGAAGCCGUAAGAUUCUUCCAGGACGGGCGUAAGCCGGAGGCAAAAUUCGAGCAUUGGCUCCAGUCGAACGAGAAUGGUCGGCCCAUAGAGAGUUUGGACGAAAAGAAUAAAUUUCCGGAAUCCCGUUGGAAAAAGAUACAUGAGAUGACGCCGGCUUGUUUUAAAGAUCAUUUUCCAUACAGAUACUUAAACGCUAUGGAAAACGCAAGUGUGUAUUUUCCGGAUGCUGCUACUACAAAGAGAUUUUAUGAUACAAUUCAACUGGCCAAAGAGUAA